CAGCAGAUGCGCUCGACUGUAACCGCAGUGGACAUGUCCGCCGUCGUGUCUUAUUUAUGAGACGACAGAGCGGUCACGAAUGAGGGCCCCCAACCAGCCCCGCCUCCUCUCGCCCUCCGGGACAGCGCACAACAUGGUUUCCAACAACGCGGCGCCCCCCGCUACUCGGCCUGUCGAUUUUGAAGAGAACGAUUACAGCGACAAGGCAGUCGUCGACAUUGCUGCCCAGGCAGCUGAACAUGUCAAGUCAAAGGAGGAGCGCUUGUUUGUCGCCCGCCUCGACUGCGUGCUCAUGGUCUUUGCCUUUCUGUCUCAGGUGAUCAAGAUUCUCGACCAGCAGAAUGUUGCGUCGGCAUACGUGUCGGGUAUGAAGGAGGACCUUCACAUCAAGGGCAACGAGUACAACUACUUCACAACGUAUUUCAACAUUGGCUACGCCAUCUUCGUCAUUCCCUCGCAAAUCAUGAUGACCAAGGUCGACCCUGCUAUCUGGCUGCCGUCCCUCGAGAUCGCCUGGGGCAUCCUCACCCUCGCCUUCUUCCGCGUCCAAAACGUAACCCAGAUCUACAUCAUGCGCGCGUUCGUCGGUGCAUUCGAGGCCAGCGCGUACCCCGGCACGGUCACGCUGCUCGCUGCGUGGUACACGCCGCGUGAGCUCGCCUUCCGUAUUUCGGUCUACCACAGUGCUCAGUGGGCUUGGAAACAGAUAUCGAGCGGCCUCACUGCCGCCAUCUUCCAAGGUCUUGACGGCGUUCAUGGCAUCGCGGGCUGGCGCUGGAUGUUUAUCAUCGAUGCCAUCCUGACGGUGGCACUGGCCGCCGGUGGCUUCUUCCUCAUUCCUGGCUAUCCGUCAAAGAAGAAGUCGGUCACGUCCCCUCGUGCAUUCUGGCUCAAUGAUCGUCACCUGGAGAUUGCCAAUGAGCGCAGCAAGCGCUUUGGCCGUGCAGCCAACAAGUCGUUCAACCUCCGCGCGGUCAAGCGCGCCUUCAAGUCUCCCCAGACGCUCCUCAUCCCUACACUUUACGUAGCCUCGCAGCUCGCUCAGCAAGGGUACCUCUACUUCAACUUGUGGCUGAAAUCCCUCAAGAAUGCCGAUGGCUCCCCUCGCUGGUCAAUCACACAGGUCAACGCCCUCCCGAUGGCCGGCUAUGCUGCUUCCAUCCUUUGCGUUUGGAUGUGGGGCUUUGUAUCUGAUCGUUUCCAAAACCGGUGGAUCGUGGUAGCCGCCCAGGGUACCAUCGGUUUGAUCCCAGGCAUCAUGAUGAGCGUGUGGAACAUUCCGAUUGGGGCAAAGUACUUUGCCUACUACCUCUGUUUCACGUUCCUUGCCACCACACCGCCGCUCAUGGCAUGGCUAUCGGACAUGACCCCGAACGACGCCGAGCAGCGAGCCUUCAUCAUCGGCUGUACAACGGCAUCGUGGUAUGCGUUCAACAGCUGGGUCAACAUCCUCGUGUGGCCAGCCAGCAAGGCGCCUCACUAUCCCGUCGGUUGGCAAGUCACCAUCGGCUUGUGGUGCUUCAUCUUCGCGAUGCUCGCCCUCACACGCUACGUCGAUCUUUACUAUGUCCGGCCCCGCAACGCCCGUCAGAGGGAGGAUGCGGCUCUCGAGGCCGACGACUUGGCCUCGGAGACAUCCCCAGACGCCAAGUCCAAUGUUGUCGUUGCGGUCCGCGAAGACAAUCGUGCGUAGGUUGGGAAGGGGAGUGGG